GUUUUCAACAAUAAUAAAUCGUAACUCUGUAAAGAAUUGUUAUGGUAGACUGGCGCUGAAUAAAUUCUUGUCCAUUUCCUCAUAAGGUUUCGUUAGCUACCUGUUGCAGCAAUUUAAAUCAUUGACUUGUUUCAAGGAGGAAGCUGAAUUCAUCUUCUCAUUAUGGGAUCACAUGUUUCUGAGAUCAAUGGCAGUUUCUGAAGUUUAUUUUUCUACUGUCUUCUUCCCUUUAUCAGUAAUCCAAUAUCUCACUUUCAAGCAGGUUUAACACUAAGAGGUUGAUUAGCAUGAUUCUGCCAACACAAUAUUCGUAGUAGAUUGAGGAAAGUCCACCACCAUGGUUAGCUGCCGGAUUGCAAGGCGGGUGGCUGUCCUAGUUUUAAUCGUAUCAUAUUCUUCGUUGGAUGUUGCGGCAACAACCACAACUGACAUGCCUACAAAUGGUACUAACACUACUGUCGACACAACAGAGACUAUGUCUCCUAGCCCAACGUCUGGCAUGGAGUCUUCAUCCACAGACUCCUCGACAACAUCUACCCAAAUCAUGACAACAUCGAAUACCACUGACGCUGGGUCCUUCACAACAUAUAACGCAACGGAUACCACUACCACAUAUACCACCACUACCACAGAUUCAGGGAGUUCUACAACAGAUGGUACCAUGAAUGAUACAACUCCUACAUCAACCACUGACGCAGAGUUCACCGCAACAAAUAACGCAACGGAUUCCGAUACCACCGCUACCACAGAUUCAGGGAGUUCUACAACAGGUGUUACCAUGAAUGUCACAAACCUUACUACCAUCAUGACCACAAUAAACAGUAAUACUACAGAACCCGACAAUACAACAUCCCCCACCAUGGCCACAGUGGACAUGAAUGCUACCACGAUGUUGCCAUCAACAACUGAAUCUGAUACUGGUUCGCCAACUUCUUCGAGUGGAUUGGGCUCAACAACGAUGAAUUCAACAACAUCGAUGGUUACUGCCGAUAAUUCAACGACUACUGACCCGGUGUCCGCAACGAUGUCGAAUACUACAGAGAAUGUGACGUCAUCGUCCAUGGUCUUUACAACAGACAAUACCUCAUCAUCGACGACAUUGCCAACAACCAUGUUCAAUGUCUCGGACAAUGCAACGAUAUCUACGACUUCGACGAUAACAGUGUCCGAUACGACAAGUGACGCUGAAAACACUUCGAUGAUGAUAUCGACAGAAGGGCAGAUGAUAACAAAUGACUCAGAUAUCAUUUCGUCACCACCAACAGUGUCAACGACUGAGCCUAAUAUAAGUUCAACGAAAUCGCCAGGAGGUCCUUUGAGUCUAGGUGCUAUCAUAGGUAUAUCGGUCGGCGGUGCCGUGCUUCUUCUAAUACUACUGAUUGCAAUUAUCUGCGUGUGCUGCAAAGGACCCGCCAAAGAUCAGGUACCAACCUUUAAAGAAGUCCACAGUGAAACCAGCGCAUCGAUACCUCUUGGCCACCUCAAUGACGGAGUGGACAGUCCCGGGAAUGGUGAUAUAGGCAUUGAUAGACCGUCCUCUAUCGAGUUCACGGACGAACUCGAUAAAGAAAAGGAGAAGAAGUCUCUGGAAAAGGAACAACAGAAGUCUGGGACAACAACAGCGAACAAAGAUGAUAGCGCCCCCAUCGACAAGAACGAAGAUGAGAUUGAGAAACAGGAACAUGGCACAGAGGAACACAAAGCCAAAGACGAGUUGGGUGAUGCUAAUGCUAAGAAGGAUCCUGAUCAGAAGGAUGAAACAGUAAAUGCACUCUCAAAUGAACCGACACAACUGGAUCCAUCUGGGCCAGUGCCAUCACACACACCACAAGGUGAUACUGCACCUACCGAUUGGUCCAGUGACAGCACGCUUGAGCCUACACCAAAGUCUACAGCCAAGUCUGUUCCAGUGGCAGACUUGGCUACCAACGACCGUGCCACGAAGGCGGUGGACCACGCUGAUGGAGACCAGGAACAGAUGGCAGACCAAAAGGACUUACCUGUCCCAGCGAAAAGGAUAUCUCUAGAGUCCGGACAGACUGAACCAGCCGAUAACCAGGAUCCCAAACAAGGCGACGAUGCUAAAGCUAAGCCAAAGCCUAAGCCAAAACCGAAGCCAAAGCCCGAACCUAUCACCAUGAUCACCGUCCCUGAUGGGAAUUCGACAUCUGAGAAGGGUGACGAGGGCGAUGUGGACAAGGAAGACGAACAAGGAACGUCUCCAAGCAAUGAUGCUCCAGCACCGGCGUACAGACCAGCUGUAUCACCAAGAAAGAAGAACGUGCUCCCUCCACAGAACUCGGCAGCAGGAUUGCUAGCUAACAUCUUAAAACCAAAGUCACCUUGACCUAGGGUCACGACCUAUGAACUUCACCACUUCGUAUGGUUCUAGUAGUACUUUGUUUGGGAGAUAUAUAUGAUGGGCAGUACUCAUCUUUGAUUAGAAAAUCAUUCACUGUAUCACUGCAUGGAUAUUAUAACCACUCUAGAACACACACGACUGAUCGUACCAUAUUAGCAAAUUAGAAUUCCGAAAUCAUUUUAAUUAUUUCUCGGUGGAGUGCCUUUGCUUCUAAUCAGUCCAGUCUGUCAUGUCGGUGGUUUCAUUCGAUUUUGGACUCACAAGAUAAAUGAGACGUGAGACAAGCAGUUUUAUAACUGAACCUGACUACCCUCUACCUUAUUUAUCAUUUGUAAUGAAUAAUACAUGUAUAAAUAAAUAAGGCGCAAAUAUAGCCCACCGAUAUUUUCAAGCAUGCAUUUCCUCACAGGUUUCGAGGUCGGUCUAUACUCUAUACCAUGUCUACAUGUACAUGAUGUAUAGGCCUAUAUGGAGAGCCCUAUAUGACUUGUUUUGAUUUUGUUUUUUUUGCCAAUUUUCCCACAAAUUAUUGACUUGUUCCCUCGACUGUAGGGCGUUCCCAUAACUUAUUUACUCGUUCCCACGACUUAUAAAACCAUAUAACUCAUUCCCUCGACUCGAAAUGUCUCUCGGGGAAACGGGUUAUCAAGUAGGGAGAACAAGUCAUAAGUCGAGUGAACGAUAUACAAGUCAUGGGAAGUAGUGAGGAAUUAGGAAUGGAAGCGGGUUAUUGAGUUGAUGGAACAAGUUAGAAGUCGAGGGAACUAGUAUAUAAAUCAUAGGAGCGAGUAAGGAAAAAAAGGAAAACAUAUCACGUCACCUUAGAGGCUAACGACAACCAGUAAAAUGGGAUGAGUGCGGAUAAUAAUCGUUGGAAAAGCGUCGUCAGUUUCUUUCUCAUAAAAGUAAAGUCGCCGAUCAUAGGGGAAAGUACCUUUCGUGGAUUUUUACUACUUUUUAUUAAAGUUCAAGUCCACCCCAACAAAAAGUUGAUUUGAAUAUAAAAAGAGAAAAAUCCAACAAGCAUAACACUGAAAAUUUCAUCUAAAUCGGAUGUAAAAUAAGAAAGUUAUGACAUUUUGAAGUUUCGCUUAAUUUCACAAAACAGUAAUAUGCACAUCCUGGUCUGUAUGCAAAUAAGGAGACUGAUGACGUCAUCCACUCACUAUUUCUUUUGUAUUUUAUUAUAGGAAAUAUGAAAUAUUCUCAUUUUCUCCUCAUUGUAAAGUGAUACGACGAAUAAUUCCUCCCUGAACAUGUGGGAUUAGCAUUGUUUAAUACUAUAUGGUUCAGUCAAGUUGAUCCUUAUUGUCAAAUCUAUAAAAAAUGAAAUAUUGUAUAAUUCAAACAAUAAAAAACAAAAGAAAUAGUGAGUGAUGGACAUCAUCGACUGACUCACCUAGUUGUGCAUAUCACGGUUUUGUGAAAAAUAAGCAAAACUUUAAAAUGUCAUAACUUUCUUAUUUUACAUCCAAUUUUGAUGAAAUUUUCAGCACUAUGCUAGUUUGAUUUUUCUUUAUUUAUUCAAGUCAGCAUUUUACUGGGGUGGACUUGACCUUUAAGCAUGUUAAGAAUUUACCCCUAUUCUUUCCAGAAUGGGUUUCAUUGAGGAAAAUGAAUGUUAUCUAUUUAACUAAUUUAAGGAAGGUUCCCUGUUUAAAUAUACGAUGUCUGUUGACCUUAUUUCAUAUUGCCUAUUGUAUGAUUCGUUGCAUUAUACAAGAUGAUCAGGUGGAGGGAAUAUCUUUCAAACUGUUUGAAGAUUUCUGUUAGCUAUUUGGUUCGCAUUUCUUCCAUGAACUGAUGAACCGUUUACCCAGUAUCUUUCGCAGUGACCAACAUGACAGCUUUAAAAUCAUCAAUGUAUUUAUGUACACAUUUUGAUUACAUGCUCUUUGUUAUAGUCCCCUUCCUCCUCCUUCUUCUUCUUUUCCUCCUUCUUCUUCUUCGUCUUCUUCUUAUUCUUCUUCUUUUUCUUCUUCUUCUUCUUCUUCUUCCUCUUCCUCUUCUUCUUCUUCUCCUCCUCCUCCUUCUUCUUCUUCUUUUUCUUCUUCUUCUUCUUCAUCAUCUUCUUAAAAAAAAAAAUUUUAAAGGCUCUUUUAGUGAGACAUUUCUUUCAGCAGGGAUGAAACGCAGCGUCUUACAGUUUUAUAUUUGAGAUUUCCCGCAUUUUUUUUGGUUGCUGAAAUUAGAUAAUUUGAAAGCAAAUAUUGUUGAACUUAAUAAUGCCGUUCAAAUGCUAGUUAAAAUGCUUGUGAAUUGUACCCUAAAUUGUAUCAAUAUUAUAAUAUAUGCGUUGACAUAAUAAUAAAACUAAUGCAAUAUGUUAAUGCGGAUAAAUC